GCGAGUUGAUGUUAGUUGAGUGCAGGAGCCAGGUCAGGAUAUAUAUUGGUGUGCUUUUAGUUGGGAGUAAACUCGACGUAGAUUUGUGUGAAAAACCUGAUCUGGAUUAUAACUUUUACAAUUUCUAAUCCUUUCUUUUUGAAGAGUUUGGAAGAAAGGUUUUUGUGGGGUUUUUUUUUUUUUUUUUUUUGGCUUUGAGUUCUUCUGAGACGUUUUUGUGUUUGGGUCUGGUUUCUACGAUGAAAACCAUACUUGCGUUGUGUCUUCUGGCGUUUGUCGUCGGCGCUUCGGCACAAGACACGUGCAGAACCAUGAAAUGGGCCACCUGUGACGGAACUCCACCAACGUGUAGUAUAGCUAUUGAUAAUGGAGAUAAACAGAUUCUGAACUGCAAUAAUCUGGUUCCCAAGUGCUUCCUCAUGAAAGCAGAGAUGUACCUCGCCAGGAAUAACCUGGAGACAAGAUCAAUCGGUGGCAAGCCAGUUGAGACUGCGUUUGUGGAUAAUGACGGCAUUUACGACCCCGAGUGCGAGGCUGACGGUCGUUUCAAGGCUAUCCAGUGCAACAAGACCGACACCUGUUGGUGUGUUAACAGCGCAGGUGUCCGCAGGAGCGAUAAAGGCGACAAGAACAUGAAAUGUGAACCAGUGGAGACCUACUGGGUCCGUCUCCAGCUGAAGCAUAAAGAAGCUGGCACUUUUGAUUCCAACGUACUGAAGACGGGGAUUUCAAAUACCAUGCAGAGUCGUUAUGGCCUGUCUCCUACAUUUGUGAAGCAAGUUCAGUAUGAUGCCGAUGCUCAUUUGAUUGUUGUGGAUGUUGAGAAGGAUAAGCAAGACCGUGGUACAGAUCUGUCCCGUAUGGCAUACUAUAUGGAGAAAGAUGUCAAAGUCCUGCCCCUCUUCAAAGACCAAACGCCCUUUCAAGUCAAGGUUGGCAAUACCAACCUGACCAUGGAUAGCAUCCUGGUGUACUAUGUCGAUGAAGUCGCCCCUACGUUCACGAUGCAGAAACUGACUGGAGGCAUCAUUGCGGUCAUUGUUGUGGUUAUCCUUGCAGUGGUCACUGGUCUCCUUGUUCUGUUCUUUGUUAGGAAGCGGGACAAGGCCCAGUACACCAAAGCACAGGCCAGAGAGAUGGAGAACAUGUCAUAAAAGCUGCCAUGAAACCAAUGCUGUUUGUCUUCACACUGGGGCAUUGUGUAGGCGUCUACUGUAUAUUGUUUGGCUUUUAAGCUUUUUUUUUUUUUUAAGGGGUUCAGAAAGUGCCUGUUACAUGUUCCGUGAAGUUGUUUUUAAACAAAAAUGGAUCUCUAGUUACCCUUAAGCUGUGUUUAAGCAUGCAGUCAAGACUGUCCCAAUCAGGUUAGAUGGCAAUCUAAGGAAGAAUAGCCAUGUCUAAACAUGGCCAUGUUGUCUAUUUAAUGAAAUCUGACUAGUGUUUUUGGUGGAAUUAAUAUGUACAGUUUGUGUUUUUAAUAAAAGUUUCUCUACCA